CCUGUUGUUUCAAGUCGGAAGUAAAUUACGUGCCGGACUGAGAAACUCAACGCGUAGCAGCUUGUAUCUUUAUAUAUUUUAUACAUUAGCAUGUAAUAUCGUGUCGUAUUAUUUCAUUUGAUUGCAAGUCAUUCUCAGUCCUUCAACAGCAAGAUGUUUGCAAAACAGUUUCGUGUUAAGUCUAACACCGUAAUGAAGGGCUCCGACAGGAGAAAGCUCAAGGCUGACAUAUCAGCAGCCUUCCCUUCCCUGUCAUCUGAUGAAUUAACAGAACUGGUUCCGAACAAAGAGGAAUUAAAUGUUGUGAAGAUAUACACGCACAAAGGAGAUGGUGUCACAAUAUAUGUUGGGCAUAAAAACCCACUUUUCUUUGAAAUUGAGAAACAACUUUACCCUACAGUUUACACGCUUUGGCGCUAUCCUGCCGCCCUGCCUACAUUCAGGACAUGGCCUCUUGUACUUAACAAGCUAAUCGGCGGUGCUGACCUCAUGCUUCCAGGAGUGGUAGUACCUUUCAAUGGACUUCCAAAUGUGAAAAAGGGUGACCGCUGUGCUGUUACACUUGUCAAUAAUAGAGCUCCUGUUGCAGUUGGCACAGCUGUAGUUUCCAGUGCAGAAAUGGUCGAUUUGGGCAUGAAAGGGAGAGGAGUGUAUGUUUUGCACACAUACAUGGAUCAUCUUUGGUCUUUUGGAGAAAAGUCCUGUCCUCCCCCUUUGCCAGAUGAAGAAGGUGAAGCCCUUUUAGUGAAUCGUGAAGAAUGUGUGGCUGAUGAGCCAGAAGAAGGUGCGGAGGAAGAGGUGACGGAAAAGGAAAGUGGGAAGAGUGCGCUGCAGGAGCAGCAAGCAAGGGAGCCAGCCAAAUAUCAAGCCUGUCCUGGUGCUGUUGACAAAGAAGAGGAGGAAGUUAAAAAGGGCAACGAGGAAGGGGAGGAGGACCCAGAUGAUCAGAAGUCACCGCAAGAGGUCAUGGACGCGCUACUUUGGCAGUGUUUCCUCUUGGCUCUCAAAAGCAAGGUGAAGAAAUCAGAGCUCCCUCUGCUGACAAGUACUUUUCUCCGCAACCACAUGUUCUCCUGCUGCCCAAGCGGAAAACUACUAGAUAUAAAAAAGUCCAGCUAUAAAAAGCUCUCCAAGUUCCUGCAGGUCAUGCAGGAGGAGCACAGUAUUGUACAGGUGAAAGAACUAACGAAGGGCGUGGAAAGUAUUGUAGAGGUGGACUGGAAAAGCCCAGAACUACGCUUCUCUGUUCCUGAGGAAGCAGAUGUUGAAGCGGUUCCACUGGGAGAAACACUGUAUCAUCCCCCUGAGAUCACCACUUUAUACUCUGUUUCAGUUCGCCUACAGCCUCUUUUUGAAGAUGCAAACAAAAGGAAAGGUGUGGCACUGCAGCCUGCUGAGGUGAGAAGCAUUGUCACUGAGUAUGUGAAGAACAAUGACUUGGUGGAUGAAAAGAAUAAGAAUUACGUGAGAAUCAACCCAAUACUGUGUGACUGUUUGCUUGAGAAAUCGGAGCACCAGGACGUAGACACUCUCAAGUGGGAUGAGCUUUUCAGCAGGACAUUGGGGAGAAUGCAGCUGUGCCAUCAAAUAGUGUUUCCUGGACAACCACCCGUUUUAAAGAAGGGACACAUUGAGCCCAUUGAUGUCUCAGUGGCUUCCCGAGGGUCCAAUAAAAAGGUGACCAUAAUAAAGAACCUGGAGAUGUACGCUUUGGAUCCUUCUGCUGUAGCCACCGCGUUGCAGCACAGAGUUCAAGCAAGUUCCGUCCUGCAGCCCCUUCCUGGGGCCAAAGACAAAGUCCUGGUCCAGAUACAAGGCAACCAGAUUCAACAAGUUGGAAGUUUGUUGCUAGAUCAUUAUCGAAUUCCUCGCAAGUACAUCCAAGGGUUAGACAAAGCUCCAAAAGGUGGAAAGAAGUAACAUUUUAGUGCGAUACCUGCUACACUAUACUGGGUCAUCACAGCUUACACAGCUGUAUUCCUGUGGGCUUUUUGUGUAAUAUAAGGCCAUUUUAUGACAAAUGAUAAAAUACUGUUGUGCUGAUUUGUGUCUGGCAUAUUUGGAACACAUUGUUGCUGCAGCAUAAAUAAUUCCAUCGUUGUGAGAACUAUCCUCAAGUGUUGGUAUUUAUUGCUGUUAACUAAAAGCAAUAAACUCGUCAGUGAUGUCAAAUUGUCACGGAAACACUUUUUGACAGACUUUGUCAUGAUAUUUGUCCUGAAAUGUGAAAUAAUGAGCUUGUAAAAUAAAUAUUU